CCCCCGUUUUCGAGGCGUCCCAACUUCUCUGCAUCCCACGGCAGCCCACGCCAAUCCGUAAAAAUGGAUUCCUCAACCGACGGCGACUUGUCCAAACAGGUGGAUGAGAAGCUACAUAUUACUUCUACAGAAUCAAACACCGAGUCUGUUAAAGAGGUUCCUCCACAUCUGUCUCACGACCCAAAGAAUAACAUGAAGCGAAGCGAUCCCUUCCAGUUUGGUAGCCGUUACCUUGAACAGGGCGAUAAUGUCUUUGAAUUUAACGCUUGGGACCACGUCGAGACAGAUGAUACAUACAAGGAGUACACGGAGCAGCAGCUCGAGAUGCAGCGUCAGGCUCCGGUCUCCGACUUUGACAAAGGACGCUUCAAUGGAAACCCAGCAAAGUGGUGGAAUUUAUUUUACAAAAACAACACAUCCAACUUUUUCAAAGAUCGUAAAUGGCUUCGACAAGAAUUUCCAAUCUUGGAUGAAGUAACACAGGAGGGCGCUGGUCCUCAAGUUUUACUUGAAAUCGGUGCGGGUGCAGGAAACACCGCCUUUCCAGUCCUCGCCAACAACAAAAACCCGGAGCUCAAGAUUCACGCUUGUGAUUUCUCCAAAACCGCUGUAGAUGUCAUGCGGGGACAUGAAUCUUACGACGAAAAACACAUGCAAGCCGAUGUGUGGGAUGUUGCUGGCGAUGACCUGCCGCCUGGAUUAAGUGAGGGCACGGUGGAUAUCGCCAUCAUGAUCUUCAUCUUCUCUGCUCUGUCACCCACGGAGUGGGAUUCUGCCGUCCGCAACGUUUAUCGCGUGUUGAAGCCAGGUGGUGUAGUACUCUUCCGAGACUAUGGCCGUGGUGAUCUAGCCCAGGUCCGCUUCCGCAAGGGCCGCUAUCUGGAAGAGAACUUCUACAUUCGUGGCGAUGGAACCCGUGUCUUCUUUUUCGAGCGUGACGAACUCGCAGAUGUAUGGACUCGAGCCAAGACUAAGCAUGAUGAAACAAACGCGGAGCCUUUUGGGUUUGUCGUUGAGAACCUUGGUGUUGACAACCGUUUAUUGGUGAACCGAGCAAAGCAACUUAAGAUGUAUCGAUGCUGGAUGCAAGGCCGCUUUAGAAAGCCGGCAGCCUGAAUGCUUCGAUAAUAUGUCACAGCUCGUAAGCAAAUAUUUUCACUAAGAUCACAACAUUGCGGUCGGCAGAUGUAGGACGCAGCGAAGUAAGGCCAUGCGUGUCUCUACUUCGCAGAGCAAAUCAUGCUCGCCGACAGGUCACAAACAGCCUUCGUUCCCAUUCAGAAAGGCGCGUCGACAUUGCGCCCGUUGGAGCGACGCGACGGCCCGAGUCUUUUGGAACGAAUUGAAGUUCGCUACCGAACCCGUAGCAAACACGCUAUCCCACGGGCCUUCUUCGCCAGCGUGACAGUGCAAGUAAAGACGCAAAUACUGCAUCCCCCGAGGCCAACAGGCAGUAUUCAUCAACAGAGAACGGCUAUGCCAUCACCUAACAGGGUACCCUGGCAAGCAAAGCAGCCUUGCUGUCUAUUUACUAGAGAAAAAAUAGAGUAGAGUAGAUAUCAUAGACGAGACUAGAGCGUGAGGCGGCAGGCUACCUUCUGCUGGUCCACCCUCAAUCAACCAAUAGAAUAUAUGUAAUCAGUUACAUCUUGAAACAACACCCUUCCCGCAUUGGCCGCCGCCACAGGUCUGCAGCCCAGUUCCAAAUCACUGCUUAAACCCUGCCAGGCAAGAUGCUUC